AUGGUAAACAUCAGAGAAGCAGCCCGCGCCGCCAUCACAGCCUACGGCCUUGCCACAGAAAAGGGCGGAAACGCCUCCGUUCCCCUGCAAGAAGUCGCUGCCUCGUUAGCAGCUUUCUACCUGACGAACUUUACGAGCUUCACCCUUGGGGAGGUCACAGUCUUGCCAGAUGACCCCGUCCCCGGCGUCUUCAAGCAAUUACGACUGCUGAACCAGAGCGGCAUCGGCACCGACAUCAGACCUCGCGGCGGAAGAGUCGAGGUCGUCUCCGCAGAGAGCGCAAUCUGCUUCGUCACAUUCGAGAUUUACCCCAAGGCAAGAAAGAUCGACAAGUGGUCAUGGACCAACGUAUACGGCUUCCGCUUGGAACACGGGCGGAGCAACGGGCUCGACGGGGGAUGGGAGUUCACGAACGCCGACCAGGAGUACGGAUCACUGCUGCAACGGGUCCCGAACUUCUAUGCAGGCGGACAGGUGGGGUAG